CUCGGCGCUGGUGUUGGCGGUGUGCGGAGCCUCUCUGCAGGUCGGCUCGCCUCGGGACCAUGGCCACCGACUCCUGGGCGCUGGCGGUGGACGAGCAGGAAGCCGCUGUCAAGUCGAUGAGCAGUUUGCAGAUCAAGGAAGAGAAAGUCAACACCAAUGGUGUUAUCAAAACCAGCACCACUGCAGAAAAGACAGAGGAAGAGGAGAAAGAGGACAGAGCUGCUCAGUCUUUACUCAACAAGCUGAUCAGAAGCAAUCUUGUGGAUAACACCAACCAAGUGGAAGUCCUGCAGAGGGACCCAAGCUCCCCGCUCUACUCAGUGAAGUCCUUCGAAGAGCUUCGCCUGAAACCACAGCUUCUCCAAGGAGUCUAUGCCAUGGGCUUCAACCGCCCCUCCAAGAUCCAGGAGAAUGCUUUGCCCAUGAUGCUUGCUGAGCCCCCACAGAACCUGAUUGCACAGUCUCAGUCUGGUACUGGGAAAACAGCUGCCUUUGUCCUAGCUAUGCUCAGCAGAGUGGAACCAGCAGACAGAUACCCGCAGUGUUUGUGCCUGUCCCCAACAUAUGAGCUGGCAUUACAAACAGGAAAAGUGAUUGAGCAGAUGGCCUUUGAAGACUCAGUGUGGAAGUUUGCCCAGAAGGUGGUCCCAGACCCCAACAUCAUCAAGCUAAAGCGUGAGGAGGAGACUCUGGACACCAUCAAACAGUACUAUGUCCUCUGCAGUAACAGGGAGGAGAAGUUCCAGGCCCUGUGCAACCUGUAUGGGGCCAUCACCAUCGCCCAAGCCAUGAUCUUCUGCCAUACCCGCAAAACAGCUAGCUGGCUGGCAGCAGAGCUCUCAAAAGAAGGCCACCAGGUGGCCCUGCUGAGUGGAGAGAUGAUGGUGGAGCAGAGGGCCGCUGUGAUCGAGCGCUUCCGAGAAGGCAAAGAGAAGGUUCUGGUGACCACCAACGUGUGUGCCCGUGGUAUNGAUGUUGAACAGGUGUCUGUGGUCAUCAAUUUUGACCUCCCUGUGGACAAGGAUGGGAACCCAGACAAUGAGACCUACCUGCACCGCAUUGGGCGCACAGGCCGCUUUGGCAAGAGGGGUCUGGCAGUGAACAUGGUGGACAGCAAGCACAGCAUGAAUAUCCUCAACAGGAUCCAGGAGCAUUUUAAUAAGAAGAUAGAAAGAUUGGACACAGAUGAUUUGGAUGAGAUUGAGAAAAUAGCCAACUGAGGCGCUUGCU